CACGAUUCCCUGGGCUAUCUACCAUUUGCCAAGGGCUCUACUCAUCUGUGUCAUGGUCGUGGAGACGCGAUCCCGCCGCCGCCACCGCCUCAGCGCGGGCGGCGAUGUCGGCGGAGUGGACCACAUCAGCGGCCUCCACGACGACGUGCUUAUCCAGAUUCUCCGCCGACUCCGCUGCACCGCCGCCGCCGCCAGCACCAGUGCCCUCUCCCGCCGGUGGCGGGAGAGAGGCCUCUGGAGACACCUCCCCGAGCAAUCCUUCCGCGGCGUCGCGCACGGCGCUCUCGAAUCCGCCCUCGCCCAGGUCGCCCUCCCAAAGCUGUCCCUCCUCGACAUCGAGAUCACCGACAGGCUCCCCGCCGAAUCCGCCGCCUCCCUGCUUCGCGCCGCCGCGCGUCUGGACCCGGUGGAGCUAAGCCUCGUAAUAGCCUGGGUGGUGCGUAGUGAUGAAUCGGUCCCCAUCGAGUUGCCUUCCUUUGCCCGCGCGACAUCGAUCACGCUACGGCUUCACAACCUCCCCCUAUCAGCGCCGGCGCAAGGCGUCGAGUUCCCGGUGCUGGAGAGGCUCUCCAUCACAAGCGGCAGCUUCGAUACCGGUGCGCUGAUCUCACGAUGCCCACGCCUGCGCGUUCUAGAGUUGAUUUAUUGCUGGGGUAUCGAGACGAUCACGGUCCACUCGGCGACCAUAGACGAGCUCCUUGUGAUCAGCGGUCAGCUCCGAGGUGUUGACAUCAUGGCACCCAUGCUGAGGAAAUUCACAUUGCAUAGCGACGUGUCUGUGGAUUUCAACAUCUCAUUGUUGGCGCCUAUGAUGGAGAAUCUCUCGUUGAAGUGCUGGUCUCAUGGCCAGCGUUUCGUUCCAGCUGUAACCGAAGCAGUAGGGAUUGAUGGGUUGUGGCGUCUGGUUCGCCUGGAGUUAGGGACAGAGGGCAGCGGCUUCAUCCUUGGCUUGGACAUAGGAAGAUCGUAUUCUGUAUUACUCGUGCGGAACUUGCAAGAAAUGUUCCCGCUUCCUAAAAUUUCUGCUUUGGAGCUAUGUCUCGAUACACGUGGGCAUGUGUAUGGAGGAGUGGUGUUGCAUCUACUAAGGAUUUGGAAUGGUAUACGAAGGCUUAAACUGGUCAUUGAUCGUGAUAUGUUGAAGGAAGUGUGCCCACCAGACUGUCUUUGUGAUCAACCGGAAAACUGGAGAAGUCAGAACAUCUCCUUGAUGGGUCUUGAAGUAGUAGAAAUAAAAAACUUCAAAGGAAGGAGCCAUGAAGUUGAUUUCUUGAAGCUUCUGUUCAGAUGUGCACCCCUGACGAAAGUGACUGUGGAACUGGCCUCCAAGGUUGAACCAAAUAGCAGAGGAUGCAAGAAUGCCUACAAACUUUUCAUGAAGAAUCCAGCUGUAGAAUGCCAUGUUAACCUCAAACGUGGCAAUAAGGUUAUCUAUGAAAGUGUUUCUAGAUGCAGAAGGAGGUCUGCCACCACCUCCAGUUCUAUUCUGUCAUGUGAGAGCAGCCGGAUCGGCAGGAUGUAGACGAGACUGGCAAACAAAUCCAGCAAUACAAAUAACUUUCAAGACGAGAUAUGAACCUGAAUGACACUAGCAAGAUAUUACAGGGUGCUGCUGACAUUCACAUUUAAGACGAAAGGAUUUUGGCCUUCGGAGGAGGAGCAGAUCAUCAGGCAAGCACUCAAAAAGUCUGCUGAAAUAUCGUGUCGUAACCGCCCUCAGAUGUAAACCUUCGAUUGCCCGAGCUACGCUCCCCACCGCAGUAUCAGUAAUGCUAGUUCCAGUUAUUUGCAUUGUAAGAACAGACAUGAGCAUACACUUUUGAACCAUUCCUGAAUUUUCGUAGUCGACCUCUGUCA